AAGAGCGAGAGAGAGAAAGAGAGAGAGAGAGAAAGAGAGAGAGAGAGAAAGAGAGAGAGAGAAAGAGAGAGCGAGAGAGAGAGAGAAAGAGAGAGAGAGAGAGAAAGAGAAGAGCGAGAGAGGGAAAGAGAGAGCGAGAGAGAGAAAGAGAGAGCGAGAGAGAGAAAGAGAGCGAGAGAAAGAGAGCGAGAGAAAGAGAGCGAGAGAAAGAGAGCGAGAGAAAGAGAGCGAGAGAAAGAGAGCGAGAGAAAGAGCGAGAGAAAGAGAGCGAGAGAAAGAGAGCGAGAGCGAGAGCGAGAGAGCGAGAGCGAGAGAGCGAGAGAGCGAGAGCGAGAGAGCGAGAGAGCGAGAGAGCGAGAGAGCGAGAGAGCGAGAGAGCGAGAGCGAGAGAGCAAGAGAGCGAGAGCAAGAGAGCGAGAGCAAGAGAGCGAGAGAACGAGAGCGAGAGAACGAGAGCGAGAGAACGAGAGCGAGAGAACGAGAGCGAGAGAACGAGAGCGAGAGAACGAGAGCGAGAGAAAGAGAGCGAGAGAAAGAGAGCGAGAGAAAGAGAGCGAGAGAAAGAGAGCGAGAGAGAAAGAGCGAGAGAGAAAGAGCGAGAGAGAAAGAGCGAGAGAGAAAGAGCGAGAGAGAGAAAGAGCGAGAGAGAGAGCGAGGGAGAGAGCGAGGGAGAGAGCG